AUGCAGAAGGGCACGCCCCAAAUUUUGGCCUUUACUGGGACUGCUGUUCACGGAGGAGGUUCCUGCCAGGUUUCGAUCACCUAUGACAACCCUCCUACAGCGACCAGCAAGUUUAAAGUUAUCCACUCUAUCCAGGGUGGCUGUCCGGCCCGGAAUGCGGCGGGAAACCUGGGAAAUGAUCCUAAUGCCAUCAACCCCGAUGAAUACGAGUUUAAAAUUCCGACAGAUCUUCCUUCUGGUAAUGCUACCCUCGCCUGGACCUGGCUGAAUAAGAUUGGGUUACGCGAGUUUUACAUGCAGUGUGCUUCAAUCGAAAUUGAGGGUGAGGGUGGCAGCCAGGCAGCCUUUGACGCUCUUCCCGACAUGUUUAUCGCCAACAUCCCACAGGGAGAAGGCUGCAAGACAGAGGAGAGAAAGGAUAUCUUGUAUCCUGACCCGGGUAACUCGGUCGAGAAGGUCGAGGGGCCGGACAAGGACUUUGCCCCUCCGAUUUGCAGCAAGGCUCCCGCUCACCAGGCUACUGAGGCUGCUAUUGCCAGCCCUGCUGUUACAGGGACGGUUCUGGCUAUCCGUGGUCGUCGCGCUAUUUCUCGUCGCUCUUAA